AUGACAAACAGUGAGGGAAGUCGUGCUUCACAAAGGAGGAUGGUUGAGGGUGAAUCAAGCAAUGCAAGGGAAAGAAGGCUUAAGAUGCAAGCCGAUUUGAAGAGGAUGGAUCAGAGGAUGGAAGAAUCUGAUGCAGAGGGAUAUGUGUACUCUGAGGAAGAAUCUGAGAAGGAGGGAAAUGGUUCUCCAAAUGAAGAAGGGAGUGAUGAGACUGAGAGUGAAGAGGAAGGAGAAGAGGUGAACCAAUUGGUUGAUGAAGAUGAUCAAGAGGGGAACCAAGAUGAACCUAUGGAGGAGUUGAGCCACAAGAGCAGCCGCAAGAGGAGGAGGAAGAACUCCCUAUGUACCAAGAGCAUUACAAUGCCCUCUUCUCCAUGGACUUCAUGGACACCAAGUACCCUCAUGUUGACACAAUGA